AUGACAAGCUCUCAUCCUCCUCUCUCUCCAACUCCUCUGAAACCCUCAUCCUCCAGGACUCUCCCUCAUCGCGCUCCUUCUUCCUUCCUUCCUUCACUUGCGCUCAUUUGCCAUUAUUUUUUUCAUUCUUUUUUUUUUACUUUCUCUAAACCCCUCCCCAACCCUUAACACCUCCAGAGAUGUGAGGAGAUAAUGAGGACCCCCUGCUAGCGCCGCUGACUUGGAUCCUCCGUGCAUCCUCAUCUUUCGCUCUCGGUGUUUUUCCCCCUCUCUCUCUCUAUUUCUCGGACGUUCAUCUGCCUCUCAACAAUGUAAGCGACGUGCUGUCAGUUCAACGAUGAAGAAGCCAACUACUUGCUCCGUUUUCCCCGCAUCUUAUGUGUUCGCUCCUUCACCCGGAGGGAGGAAGGGAUGAUUUUGCGCGGAGGCAAAGUUUGAGGGCAGCUGUUCACCUGCCCGUCUCUGCUUUUAACUGAUAACCAGGAAGAGAACAGAACAACAGAUGAAGAACUUCUGAGCGAAUUGACUGUUGUGCAGGCAUUUUUUUAUUUCAUUUCUAGUGGGAUUUGCCCGCCUUCUUGGAGGAAUUCGAUGUGCGCCACGUAGAAGGAUAUGGCUUAAAACAAGGAUGCUGGCGUUGACAGCUGGAGUAAGGUCCGUCACUUGAGAGCUUUUCUCCCCUCAAGCCAGAAUUUGCCCCAGACUUUGGUGGAAAGCCGUCCAAAUGGGAGGAUACCUGGAGGACUGAGGCGGAUUAGUCAGCCGAGAUAAAAUGUGGAUGAAAAGGAGCGCUGCGCGCAGUUCGUCUGCUUUGAGGCCGGGCAGCUGUGUGGGGCACCGGGUCUGGAUCCUGCUGGCCAUGACUCACCUCACCUUGGACUUCUCUGUGUGCAGCCCCCUAAUUCAGGGUCUGGGGAUCAAGCUCACACCUAAACUGGUUGCUCGCUCCCGGCCUCGCUUGCAGCCUCUCUGGGAUAUGCCCAACAAGCUUCAUUGGAGAACAGUGACCCCGUUGGCGCGCCGGCUCCUUCACCCUGUUCCUCCACCUCAAGACAACAGGGCAGCGAUGGGACUGAAAUCCAAAGGACAAACACAUCGGAAGUUAGCACAUAAAGGACAAGCGGCAUGCAAGGAGUGCUGGUUGAGAUACUCUCAAACAGAGCCAAGUGACCCUUUGGCUGGGAUAGUAGAAGCUCCUGUUGCAUUAUCGAGAGGGAGGUUGUUAAUUAGAGCCAGGAGGCAGCUCAAGUGGGACAGCUAUGACAAGUCUCAGGAGGGCCGGACUACAACGGUGCCUAGUUUCAUUGACUGGGGACCCACGGGGACAGAUAGCAUAGAUGAUCCUAGCAAACCAGAACUCAAUGCAACCCUGUCCACUAAGGCCUCAACUACUACAGUGGCAACAACCACUAGCACUACUUCAAGGCUCUCCCAAAGGACGUUCUCUGUGGUGACCUCAACAGAGUCCAAGAGCACCACCAAGUCCUCUAUCAGCAAAACAGAGACUGCCAAACCACAAAAGCCAUUUGGGGAAACACCAGGUUUGGCAGUUCACCAGAUUAUCACAAUCACUGUGUCUCUCAUCAUGGUGAUCGCAGCCUUGAUCACAACACUUGUCCUUAAAAACUGCUGUGCGCAGUCUGGAAAUGGCCGCCACAAUAGCCAUCAGAGAAAGAUCCACCAGCAGGAGGAAAGCUGCCAGAACCUGACAGACUUCACCCCGGCCCGUGUUCCCAGCAAAGUGGAUAUCUUCACUGCCUACAAUGACAGCCUGCAGUGCUCGCAUGAGUGUGUACGAACUGCCGUGCCCAUCUACACCGAUGAGAUGAUCCAGCAGACGCCUGUCUACAAGACGGCGUACAAUGGCAACAGGCCGUCCCCCACUGAAAGACAACUGAUUCCUGUGGCCUUUGUGUCAGAGAAAUGGUUUGAGAUCUCCUGUUGACGAGCUAUGGGCUUUUACUCGUUCAGUGGUGAAGACUUCACGAAUUCACGAUCUGGAUCCAGUUGGAAACAAGAAACACACAAAACAGCUUAUUUUGUAAAAUAGUGUAAUCUCUCCUUGGACACUUCUGAAGAUAUUUAUUUUUCUAGAGUUAACAAGCUGAGCAGCUGUGGAGCUGCUCGUCCAUCUUUCCCAAAAAAAAAAAAAAAACAGCACUCAUUUAGGUAGAGAGUAUAUAUCUAUCUAUAUAUAGAGAUAUAGAUAUAUAGAUAUAUUUACAGGACAUAUGGAACAAGACUGUGGACAUCAAUGGUGUCUCAUGGAAAAUAUUUGACUUUAGACAAAGGGGCCCAAGCAGCUGCUUUGGGGGAAGAUAAACUGUAUUUCUGAACAAUGUGCCAAUAAUGCCACUAUGUGCCACAACCUGGAUUAAUGGAGGUUUUAACAAUAACUGAAGGACUAAACAAUGUGUGUUAUAUUAACCCUGUAUUAGCUCUUAUUUCUUUCUUUCUUUUCUUUUUUGUCUUUUUUUAAAGAAAUGUAAAAAAAAAAUACUACAAAUGUAUUUAAAAAUGUUUUGAAGUAAUUUUGAGAAGUGUUGCAAAAGAGUCUAAAACAUGUUUCUACGAAUCACAAAAAAAAGAGAGAUGGAAGAAAACAUAUAUGGUUUAUGCUUUAUUGGACAAUUCACUUUAAAGACAUAAUUUGUAUUAAGUCCCAUUUUAAAACCAGAAUAAUUAUGUCUAUUUUUGUACACCAAAAAGAACCCUGACAGUGGAAGUCUGGAUAACCAGGUACCGCUCUUGUUACAUGCCCCCACCGUUAACUGAAAUUAUUACAAAGAAACUCAUCAACACCUGGUCUAAGCCAAUCCAAUGCCCAUGUCACUGCUUCUUAUGGUUUGCAUCUGAGUAAGGUUAAUGAAAAUGUGUUCAGAGGGUUUGAAUAUAGACCGCCACAAGACAUUGCAGGGAGCUCCACGGGACAUUCAGACAUUCAGACCGUCUCAGGGCAGUCUGGGUUUUAUGCAAAGUACAAAUUAGUCUCUUACUGGAAAGCUAGUUGGACAAAAUUCUGUUACUUAGUAUUAUUUAGAUAAAAAGUGAAAAAUGUUGCUCAAGCAUCUUAUUUUGUUUUUCAAACCUACAGAAAGUUAUUAACCGGUUUUGUAAAUGAGGGAAUAUACGACUGAAGAACUACUAGCAAGGAAGAAACAAAGGCAUGUUCUAUUGACCAACCUUGUCCUCUACCAGAAGAACAGUGGCUCAGGCAGAUUCAAAUUCAGCCAGUUUCCAUUCAACUAUAUUAUGCUAAAGUGAAUAUUACAGUUCUUUCUGAAAAAAAAAGUAUUCAAAGAAGCUGUCACUCCAUGAUUGUUUUGUUAAAGUAAAACCAAUAAGAAAAAAAACAAUUAAAGAAAAGCCAAGUCCCAAAAUUUGUUGAAACCGUCUCUGAAGUAAAGUUAAGUGAACUGAGUGGUGAGAAUAGUAAAGCUCUCCUGAGAUUCUCCUAGCACCAAUGACUUUAUUAUUAUUAAAACUUCAAACUCUGAUGACCUUUGUGCUAUGAAGCUUUUGUGGAAACUGUCUAAUAAUCUACCUGUAAUUGUGCUGUAGGUUUGUACAAAGCACAAAAAACAAUUCUGUAAUUGUAAACAUUUCUUUGGCUGCAAACAGCAAUAUGUACAGAUUUCACUAGGUGUUGAGGAUUCAUUUCCAGUAAUACACAUGGGUAAUUUAAUUUAGACCUAUAUCCAAUUUCUAAAAUGUACCAAGAACACACAAUGAAGUGAUGGUAACGAGGACGUUUUCACACAUGACUGACUUAAGAUGUUUUGGGGAUUGUGCAGACAAUUUCGUCCGAAUUCUUUUUUUUAAAGGGGACAUAUCAUGCAAAAUACACUUUGUUAGCACUCAAAUACAUUUUGUUGUGUACUCAGAGUCUCUAGGAGGAUAGCAACGGUAAAUUUAGUCUCUCCUGGUGCUACGUAGAUAUCUUCAUAUUUUUCAAGCCAUUUAAUUUUCUCUGUUUACUUUUAUGUUUUUUGAACAAUUAUGUCACAGCAUUUGCUACAGAGAUGCUGAACAAAGUCACAGACUUGUAGUCAAAGCUCAAGCAUGCUGAAGCUAGAAGAGGAUAAGUAAAAAUUUUUGAUUGUUGGGUGUAUUGACCCACAUAAUUAAUGAAACAGUCCCCCUGCACACUACAACAAUGGCCGAAUGGGGUGGAGUAGAAUGCUCCAGGACCUGCAGGGGGGGGGGGGCAGGGUGUAAGGUGCCUUCUUUAGAUUUAAAGGGACGGCACUAAAGCGAGUUGCCCCUUAGUCACACCUCAGAACAGAGGCAACAGAGCGGUUGUGGAAUGACAAUAAUGAAAAAUUCACACCAAAGCUUUGCAGUUCUACUUAAUGUAGACCACAACUUAAUGACCAAAAUGUAAAAAUUACUUAUUUAAAAAGCAUGAUAGGUCCCCUUUAAGUAGCUGUUUACAUAAGCAUUUCACAAUAGAAAAGGUUGAAUAUUUGGUCUCACAGCCAGAUGUGAGUAGGAGAGGAGACAACGUAAGCUAGUCAGGAUGCAGAAAAUUGCUAGGUUUACAUUAAAACACAUCAAAUGACAAUGAACUUCAAUGACCUUUCAGUGACAAAUGAAGUUGUGUACAAUCACUUUGUAAAGAAAUAAGAACUGUUAGGGUCUUAACUUUUCCACAGUGGUGAGGGAGCAAAUGGAAAAGAGCAAGUUGCCAGAAAAAUAGAUAGAUUUGCUACUAUGUUUGCACAUUUUCUCACUAGCUGUUCUUCCUGUUUAUUUAUUUAUUUUAAGCAGCCUGGAAAAUCCCUGAAAGACGUUCGGUGCAAAUGCUGCCAAAUCAUCUCUAGAACAUUCCAGGAUUAUAGUGCAUGUGUGAAAACGCCUUAUGUGUAAAUGGAAACCCUUGCCGAGGUGUGAAAAUGAGUUGGGAUCAACACUGUGGUGCAAAACUCCUGCUUUUGGCCCAUUCACAACAUGAAAAAAUGCUCUAACGAAUGACCCAUAACAGGUACAGCCUAAAUUUGUCAGGCUGUGUUGCUUCUUUGACAUAACAUAACAUAUAUUUUUUGAAUGAAAUGUCUUACCUUCUCAAUCAGAGGGUUACAAAACCUGCUGUAUAUUAUACACGUGUAAAUGUAUUUUCUAUAUAUUUGCUUCUAUUUGUGUACAGGUGUGUUCUAUUUUUCAAAGCCUUUCCAGUUGUUGGAAAGGUUUUCGAGUGAGGUCGGGGAUAGUGUCUUUGUUUACAUGUGUAUCUACAGUAUUUCUUUCAAAAACACAAAAAUUAACCUUGUGCCAAGCUUCUUAUCUGCACUUUCAAGCAGUACUUGUAUGAUAUCUUUAGCUAACCAGUAUAAUAUUUCAGUAGACGCUGCAAUAGUUCACUGGCUAAAAAGUGAUCUCCAGGUGGAAUAUCUUAAAGCAAGAGUGCUGGAUGGUUUUAUCAGGUUAUUUGGUUAUAUGUUGAGUUCUGUUGCAUUCACGGUUGGCUGGAAAACCAAUGACUUGUUUUUCUCAAAUAUUUAUAAGCAAAAUUUAAUAUAAAGAGCAUUAUUGCAUAAAUAUAAGAAACUGUUAAUUCAACUGUUGCCGCCAAGAAACCAACAAAACUUGAUCUAGGUUGAGUUCUAUUCAUUUGCCAUUUUCCUCUUUUUCUCAUAUAUUUAUUUUGGUACAAUUGCCCCAGAAAGAUUUGAAUUUCGACAAAAUGUCAUCUGAAAGUCCUUUCAGAUAUUCCUGCAGAAAUAUGCUAAUAGAGUACAUGAUGCUGAUGACGUAAAAAUAAACACAUGAUCUGAAACUCUGAAAAAAAAAAUCAUUUUUCUCAUACUUUACCAGAUACUUCCUGGUUCGUAUAGGGCUUGAAUGGCAGUUGUGAUUGUGGUGUCACUGGGGCAGUUGUGUUUCAAACAAAUACUUCUGAUUAGCAUGGAGACACAAGGGAUCUGAUAAACAUAGAUGUUUUAACUACAUAACAUAUGUAGACCUGUUGCAGGGUAAAGUCACAAAUGCAACACAUAAACUCAUUCUUUUAUCAAAUCCUGUCCAAAAUCCAAUAAGCACGUUAUUUCAUUUCAUGCUUAAUUUUCAUUUUAAGUAAAUAUUUUUGGAUAGCUAGUUGCUUUUGGCAAAUAGUGAAGAAAUAAAGUCAAUUAUUGGCUGGUCAGACCUGAUUUUAGAAGCUUCUCCGCAGCAAAUAAAUGUUCUGUUGCUUCUAUUUCUGUCACGUCACUCGCCUUUGAAUUCUUUCACACCCCUAAGCACAAAGACACUAUCGAUCAGCAAAGGUUUGCUCUGUCAAGAUGAAGGAUAAGACAAAUUUACAGAUCCUGUGGUUUUUGUUUGCACGUCAGACAUAUGGAGUUGAACUUAUCGACAUAUGUAUUGUUUGAACAUCUAAAUGUUUGCUGAACAUUUCCAAAGUCUGUUUUUAUUUCCCCACCAUGUUGUUAAAUAGCACCACCAUAAGAGGAAUGGAAUCAAUGAAUCGACUUGGCAUCAUUAUGAGCUUUUCAUGCCUGACUAGCCCAGAAACAUAUUACACACAUGGUAUUGAUGGUGACGAGGUGGUGGUUUAAAUUUGAUCAAAGUCAGUGGGGUGCUCAAUGAGGUGAGACUCCAUAGAAGGAGAGAAACAUUUGAUUUGACAAUAAAUCUUACCAAAUCAAUUCCUUAGCCAUCAGGAAACUGUAGCUCCUCACCCUGCUUCUCUUCGUUGUUUCAGGAAAAUCACGUACUGUGCGCUUACUGUGACUGCAGCGGAGGGCUCUGACUCUGCUCUUGGGUCAUGUUUUUGCUUUUUUAUUCACAAAGUUAAAGCACUGAUGGUGCUUAUCCAUACAGUUAAAGACUUGGAAAAAGAAAGGAAAACAUAUUGUUUGCAACUUCUCAUUAUGCACCUGCAAGAAGUGGGAGUAGGAACAUGACCCAAAUCUGCCGCUGAUUCACACAGAAGGCCUCUAGCACUGCAAGAUGCCUUUUGCAACAGAAUAUAAAAACCUGAAAUGAGUGGCAAGUCAAGGGAAUGUGAGUAGCAGUGAGGAACAGGACUCAUGGGGCCCUGUUUGGGAACGACAAAAUCAGUGGAUGAAGUGCGACUAAAAUCAAAGACAAAAAUGUCAUGAAUAUCACACAUUGUGUUUACAGAUAGAAAGAAAGUAAAUGAUGUAGAUUCGUAGUCUUUCUUUAAUCGGGAAAGGCUGCUCAUUUGUGAGCCCGUGUGAUUUGAUCAUUUACACUCGAUGAAAAGCUCAUUCAUUCUUACAUUGAAGGAAAAUGACUCCAGUUGUGUUGUCGCCAUAAAAUGAAGAGUUUGUACUUUGUGACUCUUAAACUUUUUAUAUUUGUGUUUAAUAUAUCAAUGAGUACCUCUGUUAACUUUUGUAAAAGACAUAUGACUAUAGUAUAUUCAAACGCACACACACAAACACACACUCACACACACAUUAUACACCUCCAAAAAAAGGGACUCCAGUCUGUCUCUGUGACGGCUAAACGUUGUAUAACUUUUGUUUUGUGUCUUAUGAACCACAUCUCUUCCUUUUGUAGUAAUUGGUAAACGUUUAAAUUUCCAGGUGACUAUGAUUUGGUUACUCUUGUACUACUAAGCUCUGUAUUUGCAAGCACUGUAAAUGCGAUUCUCACUGGAUUCGUCCUCUGUACAUUUAGUACUCUGAUGUUGCUAUUAAUAAAAUAUAAAACAACAUGA